AUGGGCAUCCUCAGCGUAGACUUGCUGAUCACACUGCAAAUUCUGCCAGUUUUUUUCUCCAACUGCCUCUUCCUGGCGCUCUAUGACUCGGUCAUUCUCCUCAAGCACGUGGUGCUGCUGCUGAGCCGCUCCAAGUCCACUCGCGGGGAGUGGAGGCGCAUGCUGACCUCAGAGGGAAUGCGCUGCAUCUGGAAGAGCUUCCUCCUCGAUGCCUACAAACAGGUGAAAUUAGGUGAAGAUGCCCCCAAUUCCAGUGUGGUGCAUGUCUCCAAUUCUGAAGGAGGAGACAACAGUGGGGAUGGUGCCCAGGAGAAGACAGUUGAUGGAACUGAGUGCCACCUUCUUGACUUUGCCAACCCUGAGCGCCCACUGGUCGUCAACUUCGGCUCAGCCACUUGACCUCCUUUUACCAGCCAGCUGCCAGCCUUCAGCAAACUGGUGGAAGAAUUCUCAUCAGUGGCUGACUUCCUGUUGGUCUACAUUGAUGAGGCUCAUCCUUCAGAUGGUUGGGCGGUGCCUGGGGAUUCUUCUUUGUCUUUCGAGGUGAAGAAGCACCGAAACCAGGAAGACCGAUGUGCAGCAGCCCACCAGCUUCUGGAGCGUUUCUCCUUGCCGCCCCAGUGCCGAGUUGUGGCUGACCGCAUGGACAACAAUGCCAACGUAGCCUAUGGGGUGGCCUUCGAACGUGUCUGUAUUGUGCAGAGACAGAAAAUUGCUUAUCUGGGAGGAAAGGGUCCCUUCCACUACAACCUUCAAGAAGUCCGGCGUUGGCUGGAGAAGAAUUUCAGCAAGAUGAAAUCUAGAUUAGCUGGUUAAAGGUAUGAUUGUAAUAGAGCUUUUUUUUUUUUUUAAAAUAAAAACUAUGUAAGAAGAAAAAACUAAGAACUGAAUCCACUAUUUCAACUGAGUCCUGUUGUCUCGCAGAAAGACAGGAAUUUACACGUCGGAAGAACAAAAACUUCUAACAUCUCAGUACUACUUUCACCACUCAAAUGGCGUUCGGCAAAAUAGUAGCCUAUCACUUCUCUUCCUAAGUAAAAAGCUCUGAGUAGAAAGAUCCCAAGAUGGAGAAGAAGAAAACUUGUUUCAGCAUGCGUUCAUUCUGCCCUGAGAAAGAAGUGGAGCAGCUGACGCAGGCUUUGGGACUUGAGGAGGCGCGCGUGAAUAAUUACUAUGUUAGGGAAGCUACUGUCCUUGUUAGUAUGCGGGGUCUCGCCUAGGCUUUCCUCAGCACAGACAGAGUCCACCUGGGUAGUUCCCAAGUGUUUACUUAUAAUGAAGCCUUGAGCACAGACCGUGUGGUUAGGAGCUAGAUGAUUAACACGUUAGAGCAGCUUCCAUGGUUCUGGUUUCUAGCCACGUAGUGCUUGCUCUCUGCUGGUCUAAAUAUCCCAGAAUACAGGCAUGUUUGCAGACAUCAAGAAUGAUCCCCACCCAGAGGGUGAGGCUGACCACCUGAAAUCUGAUGGUUACUUUCUAGGCAGAGGGGUGGGGCGGAGGGGGAAGUGCUAGAGGAAAAUCAAAUUGACAGGCUAGGAAAAGGAGGCAGAAAGUUUAGGAGGCAUCAUAGGGCAUCACCUUGGAACUGUGGAGAGUGGGACUAAUCUGUUAGCCACAGAAACAUGGAAACAUGCACAAGGCUAGAACAAGAAGCAGCACAACUGAAAUAGCAAAGAGAAUAUACAUAUGAAAUCGAUGUAUUUAUAUGUUCUUAGAUUGAGGAAGAAAGGGGGAUUGAGUGGGGAAAGAUGCACUUUAGUAUUUGUAUUACUUUUUGAAACAUGUUUGUGGUAUGUGUAUUUUCAGUCGGUGAAUUAUUCCCCAGGAUACUGAUGGAAGGUCAAACCAGUGUGUCCAGGAGUGCUGGUCUGUCCCUCUUCAUCCCUGCAGUUCUGAUGUGGCCCCACUCGUUCUUGGUCUCAGUUUCUAUGGCAGUGUUCUCUGAAUGUUGAUCAGCUUCUGUGGGAGGCAGAUGCCCUGGCCAUUCAGCUUCAGCACUAUUUUCCUCCCAAAGUAGAUAAACUAUAGUGAAUGACAGGUAAAAACAAACAAGGUUUCUUCAGUUGCAUAAUAGAGGAAGAGAAAUUUUGAGACAAUUCUCAUCAGUAAUUUUGGAGGCUUUGAUAAUAAGGCAAUCCUCAGUAUCGUGGAAUUUGGCAAAGUGGAACUCCCAUUAAUAUUUUAAUUUGAACUUGGGUCUAACUUUGUUUCUCUAAGCUGAGAGCAAAGAAUCUAAGGCUUCUAUAGUACAUUAUUAUAAUACUAUUUAAUAUAUAUAUACCAUAUUUCUCUUUGAAGUGAAGAUACUAUAGUUUUACUUAUAAGUAAACCUAACCUCCAAAAGAAUAGC